AUGGCGGACGCGAUGCCGCCGCGAGCGCGUGCGCCAACGAUGGACGCCACCUCGUCCGCUCGCGGCGAGCUGUGCAGCGUGCUCCUGAUGGACGACGGCUUCAACAUGCGGGAAUACGUGGCGCGGGUGCUGAUGAUGGUGUGCGAGCUCUCCGAAUCGGAGGCGGAUCGCUUGAUGAUGCAGGCCCAUUGGGAGUACAGCUCGGUCGUGGGCACGUGGGAGCGGCCUGUCGCGCAGCACAUUUGCGACGGGUUGAAGCAGGCCGGCCUGCAUGCGGCCAUCCAGCCAGAAUCUGCCAUCCAGACCGAUUCCGACGAGCCGUCUUGA